GCUCAGGUAAAAGCGAAUCGUGCACCAAGCCACAUGGCAGUUCUCUUCGGAGGCACCGACGUUGGGGCCGGAGCAUGAGUUCUUCCGAAUUCGGACCCUUCAAACUCAACCGUGGUCGGUUUUCUGUGCAGACAACAAGCGACACUCUCCGUACACCCGCACGUUCGUCUGCUACCAUCCCGGUGUUCCUCGAGCUUCCCGGUGGAAGUUGUCUGACGACGUGUGCUCCUCCUUUCCGAUAUACUGUGCGACAUUCACGAUCGUGUGCUAUUGGAUUUAUCUGAAGCAAAGAAGUUAAGCCGUUUCCUUGCAUUUUUUUCUCAGGCUGUGUGCAGAAUUGCGAGUCUGUCAGACACAAGGUGAACUGUGACAGUUGUGCAUAAACGGACUUCUUGUCGCUGUUAGGGCUCAGUGGAAGGCUAGACAAAGGAAAAGAUAGUACUUGCCGAAGUGUUCCAGACUUUGAGGCGUUUCGAUGAUGGUAGAAAUGCACGGCAUAUCACGAUACGUUCAGCUGGCCCACACAGAUCCCAUGUCGGUGACAUAGUUAAGAGAGAGAGAAAAAAAGCAAAGAUCGGAGACAUUUGACCCCCGUUGGCUGUGGCAUCUUAUAUUGCCGUCUACUCUAGCAAGAUUGAUGAUCCACUAUUUUUGAAGCAAGAUUCCAACGCUAAAGGAAGCACCGGAGAACUGCUCCUUCUCUGACAUUUUCAUUCGCUUUUAAUGAUCUGUGUCGGAAGCAGAUAUCGUUCCUCGACGUUCUAGCACCAGGACUAGACAGUUAUUCCACUACGGGAUUCUUGCACAGGAGGCACUCGCCAUCGAAACGCGUCAGUGCUCGAAGACAGAACCGGGACGCACUUUGAGGGAGAGCAUCAUUCGUGGGACGGUGCACUUGCUCUUCCACUAGGAGCGACGCUGCGCCAAUUGUGAACCGCCAAAAUGCCUGGGUAGAGCACGGACCUUGCCAACUGGCUCUGAUCAUUCCCUGCAGACAGAAAAUCUCUCGGAGUUCACCGUCCGCCAUAGUACCGCAUCUUUUCAUUUUCUUCCCGCCAUACACGAGGCAUUUUUUCGAGUAUCCAUUUUGAAGUUUACCAGUAGGACCUACAUCAUAGUACGAUGCCAUCCAACAACACUGUCAUCAACACAACGGCAACGACACAACUGACGCCGGCAACGGACGCUCAGCAACAGCAGAAGAAUGAACAACAUUCUGUUGCCGACUCAGACGCUGAAGAAGGUUCUGGCGAUGUUAAGGCAGAGGUUAAUGCCAAGACCGACACGGACAAGCCACGAAGUCCGGUGUCGAGGUUUUUCUCGCACCAUCAUCAUUCAAAAGAGAGUCCUAGUGGGUCGGAGAAGGGCAAAUGGAAGAAACUCAGGCAUGCAGCGCCGAGGGACGAUGGCUACUGCUCAUCAACAAGCACACCGCUUUCGUCAGAGUACGUGGAACAACUGAAUGCCAAUGACUGCCAAAGCGAAGUUGUGCUCGUCGACGGUUUAGCUACUACAGUGCCUGUGCACAAAGGGGCUCAUCCCGACUUCGAAAGCCCCAAAGUCACCACAGACGGGACAACGGGCGUCACGUCAGGAUCACAAGGGGACUCACGAGGGGGGGAUCGACCCACGUGGAAGAACAAGGCUGACUUCCUUCUGUCUAUUAUCGGCUUUGCGGUAGAUUUAGCAAACGUCUGGCGGUUUCCUUACCUCUGCUACCGGAAUGGCGGAGGUGUAUUUCUUAUCCCGUAUAUGCUGAUGUUAAUAUUUGGAGCCCUGCCUCUUUUCUACAUGGAACUUGUACUUGGACAGUAUAACCGACAGGGUCCCAUCAGCGUCUGGAAGAUAUGCCCGCUAUUCAAAGGUGUGGGCUACUGUGCCGUUCUGGUGUCGUGGUACGUCUCCUUCUACUACAACGUCAUCAUCGGCUGGGCGUUGUACUUCAUGUUCUCAUCUUUCCGCUCCGAAUUGCCCUGGUCGCACUGUGGCAAUCCAUGGAACACCGAGAACUGCUACACUGGCUCUUUCUUAGAUAUCAGCCGGAGCAAUAACACAACACAGAUCUCGCCAACAAAUCGCAACUCACCAGCGUUGGAGUUCUUCAACCGCGCGGUGCUGGAGUUGCACUCCAGUUCAGGGAUGCACGAUCUAGGCGUGCCCAAGUGGCAGCUGGUGCUGUGCGUCUUCCUCGUCUUCGUCAUCCUCUACCUGGCCCUCUUCAAAGGGGUCAGCUCCUCAGGAAAGGUAGUGUGGGUCACAGCCACCGCCCCAUACAUUAUCUUGACCCUUCUCCUGCUUAGAGGAGUUCUUCUUCCCGGUGCUGGACAGGGAGUCAUGUACUACUUGCAGCCGAAUGUCGGUAAACUACUAGAGACUCAGGUAUGGGUGGACGCUGCAUGUCAGGUGUUCUACUCCGUGGGCGUAGGAUUCGGUGUUCACUUAACCUAUGCAUCUUACAACCCAUUUCACAACAACUGUUACAGGGAUUGUCUAAUGACGACGAUAGUGAACAGUUUCACGAGCUUUUACAGCGGAUUCGUGAUCUUCGUGUACCUGGGUUAUAUGGCCGCUAAGCAAGGCGUGCCAAUUGACCGUGUGGCCACAGAAGGUCACGGUCUCGUCUUCCAAGUCUACCCGGAGGCCAUCGCUACGCUCCCUGGAGGGCCCAUCUGGGCUGUCCUCUUCUUUGUCAUGUUACUCACCCUGGGCCUAGAUUCUGCCAUGGGUGGCUUGGAGAGUGUUAUCACGGGUCUAAUGGACGAAUUCCGUAUUUAUUUCUCCCGGUGGCGGUUCAGAAGAGAAAUAUUCACCGCUGUGGUACUCUGCGCCUCCUUCUGUGUCUCUCUCGUCAAUGUCACAAGGGGCGGCGGCUUCAUGAUACACUGGUUUGACACGUACUCAGCCGGUAUCUCCUUGCUCUGCUCUGCACUGUUCGAGUCUAUAGGAGUGGCCUGGAUCUAUGGUUUGGACCGUUUCUGUGGCAACAUUCACGAGAUGCUCGGCUUUCGACCCGGGAUAUUCUGGAAACUGUGCUGGAAGUUCAUCACUCCAACAUUCCUUGUGGCCGUCAUCAUAAGCGCGGUAGUGAAUGAACCCCGACUGGAGUACCACGACUAUUGGUACCCGCCAUGGGCCGUGAACAUGGGAUGGGCCCUGGCACUUUCUUCUGUUGCUAUGGUGCCCAUUGUGGCUGUCAUUAAACUCUGCAGAGCCAAGGGUACCUGUGCUGAGAGAGUUGCCUACACUAUUACACCUGUCAAAGAAUGGGAAGAAAGCAAAGAGAAAGGUGUCAUCGAAAGAUUCAAGAUGAGCCACUGGACGUAUGUUUAAGGAGUCUGCACCUCAGCUAAGCAGCGAGAAAGGGUACUGCACUGGAUGCUACAGUGGUGCAACUAUACGACUUAUGCAAGGCGCAUACUUGUCUUGCCAUCGGGCAGUGUCAGAUUACUCCAAAAGCUUUUGUGACCCAUCACAGUGGCGCAAUGUGUGGCGAGCACAGAAAUCCUUCAGGCAAGCUCGUCGUCGUCGUCGUCAUGCUUCAGUGCACUGCAGCAUUUCAUAUUGUUCAUCCCACACAAGGAGCAUUACACGCACAGUAAUUCAUCUGGUACUAAGCUUGUGUCAGACAUCGCAAGUACAUUACUACAGGAGGAAACAUUCAGCAGGAAGUAACAGUAGUAGUACCUCAGUAGUCCUCAUUGUCAAAGUAAUUUAUCUAACAAUAUUCCUUUCUUUUGUCUCUUACUUUAUUAGCGCGAUAGGUUAUAUAACCCACGCACAUAAUUUUACCAAUCGGUCACUACUGGUUUCAGUACUUUUGCAAGACGUGUACUUCGACUGUAAUAACUGCCUGUAAGUGACUCAGGAAAUAGCAAGCAAAAUAAUCGUACUUUACCAUUUCACAUCCAGGCAUUGGUGUUCUGUCCUCAAACAUUCACUUGAACGCUAUGUGUACAUACGUGUAAGUAUAACUUAAUGGUUUACUAUAUCAUAUAUACAGGCUACAGGCAUAAUGCAAAAUGAAAAUAAAUUAUGCUGUUCUGUCAAGUCAGUAGCAAUGGCAAUACGUUUCCAUUCCACGCUACUGGGGACCAUAGCAAUGUUUGGUAUGUCUAUCCACGCACAUCACAGUAUACAGCAGAGGCCAGUGAUAACAUUUUCAUGUUACUAUAUUACAAAUAUAUCACGCCUGGGAAAAAUUAGUGUUACAAAACUAAUACAGAAAUGCUCUGAUUCUUGGAUGUUAUGACGCAUAAUUGUCACACAAACCGAUGUGUAUAACCUUAAUAAAACUUUUAACAUAUCUGGUUAGCUCUCCUAAAGUGCCAAAAGAAAAACAAAUGAAUGCAGAUUCAAUUUUACAUGCCAAAUAUGAGCCACCUGUAUUCGAGGCAAUACAAUGACGAAUAUCAGGCAAAAUGUUUAUAAUUUUCUAUGCCCUACACUUGUAACGCAUGUAAUGCUUGCGACACACUUGUCUGAAAUUAGCAGCCUGUGGUUUAUCCCAUCAUAAAUCUCCAGGUGUUGAGUAAAAAACACGUGCAGCAUAUGGUGUUUCUUUAAAUACAAUAUUGGAACAACAUUUCCGAGGGCAACCAAGGAAAUAUGGGCUGCAGAACUACUGACAGGCGAUUCCAGCCAACCGUGUCACAAGCAGAACAAGAAAGAGCUAUAUUGUUGACGAUGAAAAAAUGUUUUUAACUUUAGGGCAACUUUAAUUCAAUGUUCACUUUUUAAUACAGUACCGAUUAAAUAUUAGGUUUACUUUCAAUGAUAAAAAGCAAUUGUGACGGUGCAACUGUCCCCAGGACUGAGACACGACCAGUGAAGUCCAAUACAGACCUAAAGAAAAACGUUAAGCCUUCCUUGAGGGAUACUGACCCAAAACAACAACACUCUAAAACAGAACUUCACCGCAUAACAUGCUCAAGGCAAACCACUGCAGGGGGUACCGUUAUCACUCCUGAUCUGAAAAGAAAGCAGGGCCUUUGCGUUUCUGUGACCUUUAACAUAAAUGCAAAGUGUCCCAAAUAGGUGUAUGCCUCCCAUUUUCAGUAAAUCAGGAGAGCAAAGGAUAUAGGUAACUGGUAAUGAUGUCUUGCUAGGAGCGUGUCAUGUACAUGUUUAGUUUUGCUCUUAAGAGUGUAAAGCGUGCCAAAGCAUAGGGUGACCUGAAUUCUUAGGUUCCUCAGACACGGGACAUGUUUCCCGUGCGCCCGAGGCAAUGUUUGUGGGGCACAUAUUCAUAGAAAGUCUGUCAACAUCUGCUGGUGUUAUGGAAGACGCAUAAGCUACUCAUCAGCGCUGCAAGCUCGAGAGUACUGUCAUGCGUAUAAUACUUAAAUUUUGCUUCUUAUAAUGCAAAUUUAUGAAAAGCAGUGUUACAGUACACAGUACUGGUAUACAAAUGUGUUAGACAAAUAUUAUCAUAAUGCCAAGCAUUAAGAUUACUGCCCCCACAUCGGACUAUAUCCCUCGCAAUUCAUUCACAAACUAGAAAAACACACAAACCGUUCAUUCUACUUCUAUGUUCCACAUAUUAUGGCGCCAAUAUCUGAGCUUUUCCUUUUUUUAAGGGCAACUGUUGCUAUGAUGUGCCAAAUAGUGGUUAUUGACUUAAUAUGCUGGUUUAAAUUUUGUAUGAUGAAGCUAAGAAGGGAAACACAUGCCUGUCAUAUUAGGAACUUCGAGAAUGCCAUCAUGACAAGGUGCCAAAAAACCCCUCUGGAAAAUUUGACAUAAAAUCCUGUUUCAAAAUGGGAGUGUAUGUAAAUACAUUUCUUUCCCAUGCAAUACAUUAUCGUUCAGAAAAAAAAAAACAAUGAAAGUCCACCCAAAAGACGGCACCUUGAAUGUUGUGCCACACUAUUUGAUGCAUUUUCAAAGGUGUAGCUUAUGGUUCUGUUUGUGCUCUAUCUUGUUUGCUUAAAACUGGAACAACAUUUGAACUGGGACCUCUGCAAACCAGAAUAUCUCUAAUCUAAUCUACCUCAAAGUCUCAGAAAAAAUAGCCAUAAUGUAGCCACUCUUAUGGAAGCCUCCUUAGUAUCGCCACUGCCACAAUCGUGAGGUCAUUAACUAAUGACUCCAUCCUGAUUGGUGCAUUCCCGUAAAAAUGUGUGUUACAAACCAGAAAGUAUAGGGUGAAUUGCGUCCCGAACAGCAAAUGUGAUUUCAUGUGUGUAAGGUAUUGUACAGCGAUAAAUUUCAGGUGAAGUAAGUGCCCACAUUUUUUUCUGGAGUGGUCCUUUAACGCAAAGUUGCCAAGAAUCUUGCACAACAAUAGCACAUUAUUGCUGCGGCAGUGUCGUGAUUGGUCGUUACGUCACUGCUUUGUUGUUGACACCUAUUCUUGCAUUUGUCUCUUUAGGGUUGUCAUUACCUCAGCUGCAUAUUUAUGAAUAUUUGUCAAGUGUUACGUGCUAUGGAGUGAGCAAUAUAUCUGUCGAAAAAGUCUAGUGCCAAACAACACAACGUGUGUGCAUGCUUCCUCGAUAUGUAAGCGAUGUAUCUCAGGGUUUGUCUCGGAUUUUGACAGAUUUGUGGUACAGGUUACGUUACUUUAAAGGGGUACUCCACACGGUCUUGCUGGCCUUCUGGCAAGAGAACUGAACUGUCAUUGAAUGUUAUGUAGUCGCAUUUGUCGAGGCACCUAGAGUGCUGACAUUGUAGACAUCUCUUAUUGUACUUUUGGCACUAUAGAACCGAAGCUUUCGUAUGAUGCUGGCUCUAAGAUAUUCUAUUUCAAAUGAAACGCUUUAAAAAAAAUCAAAUGUGCGCCUAUCUUAGCGACUGUAGUCACAUUCACCCCCGAGAAGUGCUCGUCAGGUGAGCUAUAGGGACAUCCGACAACUCUGCAUCCUAUGAUACGAUUGAAAUAACAAUUUAUUCAUUGUUCGAGCAGGCAAACGUGAAAUUUCCAAUCUACCUGGUACGCCUCUCUGAGGGUGUAUACAACUGCAGCCCAUCUUGUCUCUCGUUACACGCUUGCCUGCAAUCUUUUGGAAACAGUGACGUCAGGGAGUAAUAUCUACAUCCUAGCUAGCUGGCACAAUCUAGCAGCACAUAUUGUAAGAGAUUAUAUUAAAUGCUUUCAUGUAAUAACACACAGCAACUUGGUGACUGAAUGCAGAUGUGCAGAAGUAUCCCGAUUCAUGCGUCACUUUCAUGGGUCUAUGUUACCCUGUAUUUUGCUGCCAUAGACAGCGGUACCACCUGAGGGUCACUUGACCGGGGAGAAUAUCCUUUUCCAAGAGCUUUGCACGCUGAUGUAGCUCUCAAAUUGGUCAGACACUUUCACGUGACCAAAAAUGUACGUGUACCAUCAAUUUCUCUCUUUCAAUCCCAAUACAUCAUUUUGAUGAUAAGCUGCUGCAGUAGUUGGUUGAACACUCCUGGUUUUCUAUGAUUUGCAAUUAUUUGCAACACCUACAACAAAGCUAGCUCUAAGCUAGUGUCUCGUCUUUAGUUUUGUGACUUUGAUUGCGCCAACAAAACCUCAAAACAUGAAGAGAAGAGCAGAGGGUAACAAGCAAUGCAGCUUUAUACCACUGUCAAACCAGCACGACUAUGUUGGCACACAGCGUUAAGAUACACGUUUCAGCCUUCUGUACCACCAAGCUCCCGAUCAAUCUUCUAAUCUGCCAAUCAAUCAUUAUUGUUAUGUACCAACAGAUGAACGGACAAAACAAUAUUAUCAUUUGGCAAUUACCAUUUAUUAGAGUGGUACUGCAAAACAAAUUCCUGUUGAAUCCUUUUUUGAGCACAUUCGAAAAGAUUUGAGCCGUAAAUUCCUUGUUUUGUU